GCUGGAAUGUUGCAGCUCAAUUUCCAUUCCGAAAGCAUCACGCACGGACGUGUUAUCGCAGCGCGCGCCGCGUAUUUUACGUAUUUCGUGUACGCGUAUUUCUCGCACCAAGCGCACGCACUAGCGUGUUUUAGGGCGCAAUUGCGGGUAAGCAGCACAGGAGCUUUUCACCGUUGCAGAAAAGGUGCGGUGGGGGUCGCGAAGCGCACGCCACAGCCCGAAAAGCGCAGGGAAAACCCUCGACCAUAAAAUGCUAAACGUGUAACGUAAAUCACACUCGAGCACAGCCAGCAGCUGCCGAGCCGGGAGCGUGUAUGAAAGUGUGUCCUUUCGUGUGUCCUUGCCGCGUGUGUUGAAGGUGCGCUGUGUGUCCGGGAAAGGGGUAAAGCGAGAAGGUGUUUUUGGCACAGAUACUCCGAGCAGCCGGGUGGAGCUUUUCGGGCGUGAGUGUGUGUGUGUGUAUAGGCCAUCCCCAAAGGGGUGGCCGUGUGUAUGCGAGUGUGGCUUUAGUAAAUGGUAGAAAAGUUACGCUUUCGUUCACCGGCCCUGCUGAGGUGAUGGUGGUGCAAGUGUAUGUGUUUUUUUGUUACAAUUUCGUGCCAACCACAGUAGCCUAAGGGCAAUCGAAAAAUGGAGAAGUAACAUGAAUGGAAAGAAGAAAAAAAAAACAAGAAACAAACGGUGUUCCUUUGACGUGAGCCUACCACCACCGUUACAUGCAGCAGAAAAGUUAGUCGGCUGGCACACGGACCUAACCCCGUUAUUAGGUAGGCUGUGGUUGCGGUAGACAACAGAAGAAGAAAAACCCCAAAUCCAAUCGUUGCCGGCAGAGCAAGUGAAACAGCCUGCCUAAAUCGGACGGUUUUGCUGUUCCUGUACCGUUUCCCCUCUUUCUUCUGCUCGAAGAUGCUCGAAUAUUAGAUUGCGCCGCCAACGUCUUAGAGGGUGGUAUCGCGAGUUGGUCUCCCGCGCCCGCGCCUGUGUGUGUGUGUGUGUGAAUAUUUUUUGUUUAUAUAGAAAGAGGCCUCGUUUUCUUACCGGCUGCUGCCGUUUUCUUCUCUCUCUCUUUCUUUGCUGCUGCGAUGCAACAGCGCUGCUCGCUACGGAUAAGCAGGAGGCAGUAAGAGAACGGGCGAAAUGUAAGAAAACACACACACACAUAUGCGCGCGGGCACACCAAACGGCGAACAGAAGGAGAAGAAAGCAACGAAACGAACGUAACAAACCGAGAAGAAGGUAGCGCUGAAAAGGGAACGGUAAUAAACACAGGCACACAAACAAAAAAACUAGAGCAAAACAUACGUGCGUGUGUGUGUGUGUGUGUGUGUGCGGGAAGGGCAUACGAGCCGUGGCGGGUACAGCGACGGUUUCGGUGAUCUUGUUCCAGCGGCGUUUAGAAUAGCGCGAGUAAUGAAAAGAUGCAUGUCCAUGUGUGUGUGUGACUGUGUUUGUGUGAGUUUUAACAAAAGAAAACGCAUCCGUCAAAAAGGAAAGAACACGACCGAACGUGCACUGCGCGGUGUGUGCGUGUGUUUUUUUGCUUAGGAGUGCGACCGUGUGUUGCUAUGCGCUUGCUUGUGCUUGUGUGUGUGUGUGUGUGUGCGUGUGUGCGCAGUUCCCUUGUACGUUGUUAUCUUGUUCCUUUCGCUUCGCUUACCGGCACCCUCUGGGUCGGUCGCGAUAAGAGCAAAAGGUUAAAUACUGUCCCUCACACAGCGCUUGACUCACCCGCUAAUGUGUGUGUGUGCGUUGGAAGGCAACGCAUUCGAGCACUCUUUGGGCAAGAUCAUUUCGAGCAGUUUGUGGUAAUCGGCUGCGCGGGGGAGCCUGCAUCGACGAGCGAAGGUAGUAAGAAAACCAGUUCCACGCCAAAGCCACAAGCGCGCUCGAUCUUGUCCCGCGAGCGCACAAAGUGUGUGCGUACAGCAGCACCACCACCACCACCAUCACCGUUCAGCAUCCACCUUCUAUUGCCAACGCAUCGAAGCAAGCACUGCGCGCUGGAGGAUUGAAAACUGGUUUGUUGCUUCCACAACGCUCGGUUCGUAUUCGAACGCGACUACACGGCACGGCCUCGAUCGCUGCGAUCGUUUCAGCAGAAGUGAUGUGUUGUUUGUAGGGCUAGUGAGCUGCAUUUAAAGCACACGGCACAAACUGCGUGCUUACUGCGUGCGUACGGGAUGAUGCUGCAGUUGUAUGUUGUGUUUUUUGGUUUGUGAAAACGGUGCCCUACAGUGCAUAAAGUAGUGGCGCGUGUCAGGCAGCCCCCCUCCCCCGUUCUACUCUAGCGGGGGGUCACCACGGGUAUCAAUUGUGGGCAUGAUAGUGUGUGCGCGUGUGUGUGUGCUUGUGUAGCGAACUCCUCCGUGUUACCGUUUCGCUUCACUGGAGUUGUUAUUUUGGCGGCCCGCACGAGUGAUGCAAUUGCAACGCGCUGCAACGGAUGCACCCGUGCACAGUGUGGUGGAGCCUUUCGUACAGCGUGUUGAAUUGUGCAAGUGAAAAAAGUGAAAAAAAAUCUAAGUAAAAAAAAACAACCAUUUCACACAAAAAGGAAUUGAGUGGAGUGACGAGUGAACUUAAGUGAAACAAACAAAAAAAAAAAUCAAUCCAGUUACCGUAUUUGCGCUUAAUUAUUUAAAAGUGACGACUCGAAUGUUUAUCCAUUAAUAACAAAACAAACGAAUGAAAAAAAAGAAACGACUUCCCAGCACACACAGUCUUAUUAUUCAUCGAGCACAGUUCAUAAAGCGCCGUUUCGCCGUUGCCUACGUUCUUGUCGGUGCAAAGCGGCGAGUAGCUUCAAAUGAAGCGCCCGUAAACAGCAAGGAAGCAAAGGAUUACAAACUGAAUGUGGCUGGAGGCAGAGAGAGAGAGAGCGCACUGUGGGAGUGUGUAUAGAUACACAUUUCUUCGGCAAACGUUUCGAGCUUGCUAGGCAAUCCCGAGGUGAAAGCAAAACCCACGGGCAGCUCAACAAUUCAUCGUAGUGUAGUGAAACACAUCAGAAAGACGGCAAACGGGGCAAGUCCUUGACGUUUGUUUUUCCACGCAAUCCAACCUGCCGGCCAGCCAGCCGGGAGGGAGACAGUGGUAGUGAAAAUUUUAUUUCCUCUUGAUAUCCUCCGUGCGUUUGCAAGACCGAAGUGGGUCGCGUGUCGCAAGAAGAUGUGAAUUUGGUGCUAGUUUUCCAGCAUUCCGACACUUGUUUCUCCAGCCGUGCGAGGGCAAUCGGUGAAACAAACGACGAACGACCGGGCAAAUCACCCCCUAAAGGUGUACAUCGUACGCUCGUGUGUGUGUACGUGUAUAUGUGCUGUGUGCGUGCAUGUGUGUGUGCGGAAGGGGAGGGAAAAUUGUAUUGAGCAAAGUGAUUUAUUCAUUGCCCGGAAGGUGAAUGUCGUGCGUGGUGGCGCCUCUGCUCGGUUUGUGAUCGGCGCGCGCGUGUGUGUGUGUUUUUUUUUAUUUUAUUUUAUUUCCUCGCAUUGUGUGUUAGUUGUGCUUCCCGGGGUGGGUGGCAAUUUUCGCCCCCUGCUGAAAUACACACGCCCAUCAAAUGUGUGUGUGAGUGUGUUUGUGUGAGUGAUACGCAAUUUUACACUGGUAACCGGCAACGCUUCAAAGUGGCAGAAGAUUGAGACGUGUUGGUGCUGUGUCAAUUUCUUUCGAAGCUUUUUCGAGCAUCUUCGUCCGAUUCAAGUAGUGUGGCGGUGUGUGAAUAAGUGUGCGUGUGAAAAAGGUGAAAAGUUAUUGGAUUAUGUAUCAAUCACGUUUGCACGGCUGCAGUGCGUAGGGGGUAGUUGGUAGCGCGGGUUACUUGUAUUGCUGCCCCUUUUUUAUUGCCAUUUGGUUUGCUCUGGUUUGUGGAGUGAAACUGAAUACGCGUGGUGAUCGCAGUGAGUUGCUACCACGGCAAUCGCGCAGAACUUGGAUUUUGUUUUAACGCAGUCAACGGUAAGCGGUUUGGAUGCUGAAGGGCUGAAGUUUGGAAGACCAUAGUGCUUCUAAGACGUGCGUCAUCGCAGACCAACGACUUUAAAAGGGCGAGCAGCACAAAACUAGCAGCACCACGUCGAAACGUUGCCUCGAGCGCAACAAUUGCACCGACCGAACAGCGUUCGCCGCCGUGCUCUCCCGUGUGCCACGGCAUGGAAUAAGGAGCGGAGUCUCCACGCCAUCGCAGGGCAACGAAGGUCCCGUUGCAUCAACGCAGCACGCCUGCCUGCGAACGAUGAGCACGGGAAACAUGUUGCCAAGGGCUGUAGAGCAGCACUGGGAAGUAGAACAGCCGCGCCGACAUUGGCUUCGUCAGCGACACUGUACGUCUGUGUAGGACGUGUCAUUGUAUAGUGUGUUUCUCCUCCGACCGGUAAAAAGGCUAGCAUUUCUAAGAAGCUAGAUGCGUUGUGACACCCCUUACCAACUCGCUCGGCAGCCAGACCGGACGACGAACCGGCACUGUCAACCAGUGCGAAAAAGCUGGUCCGACUCCGCACGACGAUGCACGACUGAGGAGAGGCUGCAGCUGAAUAAAUAGAAGGCAAACACAAUUUCAAUGAUAAUCAUCAUCUGAUAGCGGAAAUAAUCGCAACCAAUUUCGACACCAGGCUGCAGCCACGGGAAAGCUUUGGUGCACGGCACCAACUUAAAGCACAACGAUCCGACGCUUGUGCCCUUGCGCCGUCUUCUCGAGGGCUUUUUGGCGACUGUUCCAUGUGUGUGUGUGCGAGACACGAUAAAAUAGAUAGCACUUCAGUAGCAGUGCGUGUUUGUGUGUGCUAGUGUGUGUGUUUGUGUAGGGAAGUGUAAACAGUGUGAGUGUGCAUCGAGAGCAACGGUGUCCAAAAUGUGUUCCAAUACGAACUGCACACGGACGAAAAUGAGUGCGUGGCGCUCCACAGACGACACAGUGCCACUUAGCACCAAACCGAUGCCGACCGGUCGAAGAAAACCGAGUUCCUGGAAGGUCGGCGUGCUGGUGACGCUGCUGCUGGCAAUGCAGCUGCUCGUCAGCCCAGCGCACGGUACGGAAGAAUCGGACUUUACGAAACAGUGCAGCAACUGCAAGUGCAGCUGGAAGAGCGGUCGCAAGAGUGCGGACUGUACGAACCAGCGGCUACCGGUCGUACCGCAGGAGCUGAGCAACGAGCUGCAGAUCCUGGACCUGUCGCACAACCAGAUCGACGAGCUGCCGGCGAAAACGUUCGAGGCCGCCCACCAGACGAACCUGCAGAAGCUGUACCUGCGCCACAACAGCAUGAAGCGGGUCGAUCGGGAUGCGUUCCGCAACCUGACCAUCCUGAUCGAGCUCGACAUGGCGAACAACAACCUGACCGCGCUCGAGGCGGGCGUCUUUGACGAUCUCACCAAGAUCCGGGUCAUCAUCCUGAACAACAACCAGAUCGAGCGGAUCGAUAAGAACCUGUUCUACGGCCUGCAGUACCUGACGAAGGUGCACCUGCGCACCAACCGGCUGGUGCGGAUCGCGCUGAACAGCUUCGUGAACGUGCCGAACCUGUCGCAGAUCGAGCUCGACUAUAAUGAGCUCCAGGCACUGCGCAAGGAAUCCUUCUCCGGCCUGGAGAAGCUGACCAGCCUGUCGCUCACGAACAACCCGUGGAACUGCAGCUGCACGCUACGCAGCUUCGCCGAGUACGUGCUGGCGAAGAACCUGUACACCUCGCCGACCGCCUGCAGUGUGCCGAAAGUGCUCGCCGGCCGCCAGUGGACCGAGAUCGAGCUGGACGACUUUGCCUGCCCGCCCGCCAUCGUCGAGAACCGGAUGCAGUUCCCGGGGGCGGGCGAAAACGCUACCUUCAUCUGUAAGGUAACCGGGCUGCCACUGCCGAAGAUUGACUGGCUGUUCCAGAAGCGGUCCUUCUCGCGCCACGACCAGCGGCUGCGCGUAACCGAGGCCGUGCGGACGAGUCCGCGCGACCAGAGCGAGGUGCUCGUGUCCGAGCUGACCAUCGUCGGCGUGCGGCCGUCCGAUCGCGGCACGUACGUGUGCAAGGCGACCAACCGGGGCGGUAUCGACGAGAGCGAGCAGUUCUUCGACCUGAAGGCGGACCCGCACCCGAUCACGUCCGCGACCCGCUCGAAGGAUAUCCUGCAGAUCGUGCUGAUCGUCGUGGUGGUGGUGCUGCUCUUCGUCAUCCUCAGCUGGGUGCUGGUGUACUGCAUCUGCUGCCGGAAGCGGCGGUUCAAGAAAAACUCCGCAAUGAGAGAGAACGGCCAGAUGAACACGAAGAUGAUGGACAAGUCGCAGAACGAAUCGAUACUGGACGGUGGGUCCGUGAUGGUCGACAUGCAGAAGAGCCUGCUGACGGAGGUGAACCCGGUGGAGAAGCCGCCCCGCCGGGCCGACAUUGAUGCCGGCGAAAAGGGUCCGGGCAGCGGGGGCCAGAGCUCGGUCGGCGGUGACUACGACGAGAAGCACGAGGCCAAGCGAACGCUACUGGAAGAGACAGGUUUUGUCGCCCAGGAUGAGGAAACAGCUUCGGUGGCGCUGUCGGACUCGAACCCGCGCUCCCGUGCCACCUUCGUAGAUGACGGCUGCGGCACCAACCUGCCGCCGGACCUGCUGGCCUUCCCGGCCCGCUUCCCCCAGUCGCCCUCGAUACAGAGCUCGAUGUCGAACAUCCACGACGGGCGCAUCUACGGUAAAUCGCCGCUGGCCAGCCCAAUCUACCAGACCGGACCGGGCACCAGCCUGGGCGGCGGUGCGUCCGCCCAGAUGCCGGCCGGGUUCCGCACGCUGCAGCAUCCGAAGACGGGUCGCACGAUAGCGAUUGCGGCGGCCCGCUCGAACUCACCAUUCACGCCGGCGCCCCUCAUCUAUCCGCCGCUCGCCCUCAAACACCAGGGGUACGUGACAAUCCCGCGCAAACAGCGCACCCCCAGCUGGACACCGUCGAUGAGCUCGGCGGUGACGGCCGAGCUGCUGCCGGCGGGCAGCGCCGGUCACAGUGGGGCCACCAGUCCCACCUCCCCCAUCGACCUGUCGCUCGGCGAGCCGGUGUACGACAAUCUCGGUCUGCGGACGACCGCGUCCGGCAACUCGACGCUCAAGCUGAACAAAACGGGCCUGCGGGGGACACCGCUCGGGUCGACGGCGGCCGGCACCGCGCUCACCUCGACACCGAUGGCAAAGUACAGCAUGAAGGAUCGGCCGCUGCCGGCCACACCCGGCGGCCAGACGGCAACGCCCAACAGCUCGCUGCUGGGGCACGGUGGUGGCAACUACGAGGCUAUACCGGAGGCACUGCCCUACGGUGCGGGACAAUCAAUGGUGGCCGGUGGGUUGAGCGGGUUCGAUCUCGAUCAGUCCUCCAUCUACGGUCCGGUGGUGGGGACGACCACGAACCGUAGCAAAGUUCCGCCCAGGCCACCGCCCAAGCCGAAGAAGAAGGUAGUCCUCCCGGCAGCGGGUGGCAUCGUGACGACCGGGGACGAUCAGAGCUCGGCACCGAGCGGCCAGAUGGCGACUGCUGGUGGUGACAGUAGCGGCAUCAACACCAGCACUACCAACACCAGCACCAGCCCGCUGGUAGCCGAAGACUGCGACGACGGUACCGAGGUCUAGUGGGAGCGGCAAUCGCUCACCUUCCGCCACGGGACCAACAGACGCGUGCGCACACGGCACUUUUCGUAGGCCCUCCUGUUAGUAUGGUAGUGCGUGAGUAUGAGACCAUAAUUUAAUUCUAGCCCUUAGUAUGUUCCACCACUCGACUGGGUGUGUGCGCAAGCGACAAUGACGUCGGCAUACUAGCAAACCCUUAACGAUCGAAUCGAGCGUAGGUCGAAUGCACACGGACACGAUGGUCGAGUGGACCCGGAUAUAUGACGAUUAUAGGGGUGAAACGCACAGUAAAAACAAAGUAGUUUAGUAAAGAAGUAAGGCGUAAGCGACGAACCGAUCCUCUAAAGCAGCAAUGAAAUUUGAAAGUUUGCGAAGAUCACGAGCAGAAACGAACUUGUAACGGAAAUAGCUUUAGCGAGCCAUAAACGGUAACGGUGUAGAUUUAUGGCGAGCUCGUGUUAAGUAAGAGAUAGCUAAUUUUCGAAAGAACGAAAAUCUAAGGUGAUUAAACCACAAGCAUAUACGUGCAUACACAAGCAGAUGUCGCGAGGGGAAACGAAAUUAUUGCCGAACGACUCGGACUCGUUUAAGGGAUAAUAUUAUUUUUCUUACAUUUUUUACAUUCGCAAUUACGUAGCAUUACAUCCACUCUCAUAGUGUAUUUAAUUUUUAACGAAAACAAUAGUGUAAGUCAAGUGUAACCGUCACGAAGGAGGAUCAUCGCUUUCGCGAUCGUGCACACCUGUGGGUGUGUUGUAUUUGGUAGGAUUUUUUUCUCCGAACCCAACUAGAGUGUAAACUCGGAGUGUGCGUUCCGAGGACACACAUACCGAUCACGCUUUACCCACGAUACCCACAGUGAACAUGUUCGUUAGCUUUAGGUUAAGAGCGUUAGAUCGUUGGGUACGAACGAACGUUAUGAUGAGGAUUUCAUUGCCGACAAAGCAUUUGGAGAGGAGGCUGUUAGAGGCUGUUGUAGUCAUGUGCAGUGCAGGACGACGGUGGCAAUAGACAGAGAUGAUACCGAGCGAGCAGCAACACAGCUAUAGACAGUGAGCGUGAGUGUCAUAUUUUCUUUGUGAGAAAACUUUUUUGCUACCCUCCUUUGUGAAAGCUUCCUCAAGGGCUUCGUAGAGGACUUUGGUUUGCAAAAAAUUUAAAUAGAAACAAAUGCUCAUAAUCCAACCGGAUGAUGAUAAUUUACCAUAACAUGUGCGCUGUCCUGUUUGCAAUUUUUCUUUCUCCAUGAAAGGGGCUUCCGCAACACUGCACCGAGCAAUGUCCGGAAUAUCCUUGUUAACUCGUUUCACAACUCGCACCGCUUUACCCCACCGGUAUCCAAAACGGCAUGUCACCGUAGCUCCGGGGUCACGUGUCGGUGGAUAAUUAUUACAAAUGAGCUGGAAAGGAACGACUCAUGUUUCACAGUGUCGUUACUUUCAUAAACACUGUGUACGCUCCGGUUUCCGGUUGUUGUUUAUUAUUCUAACAGCUGCUAACAGCGCCACUAACGAACCAUCGUUUUGUGCGCUGCAUCGUCCCUGACCGCCUCUCGGCAGGAAUGGAAUGGUGGCAAAAAAAAAAAAAACGAUACAGACAACAGUAAAACACGAGAACGAGAACCAAUUUCGCUUAACCGGCACAGCACGGUCGAGCUUAAUCCGGGCACUGAGUACCGCCUGUCGAACCCCGGGUGAGAUGAAAGCAGCUUUUCCUCUUGAUUUUAAUUACGUGAUUACUCGUUGCACUUGAGAAAUAGCAACUUUUUUUUGUAUUACUAUUAUUCGCCACUUCGUUUAUUCUAUCCCGUUUUUGUCUCCACACGUUUACCAGUCCGUCCGUCCCGCGGUACAGGGAAGCGUCACGUGGUGUGAUAAUGUUUUAAAUAAAUCUUUCUAUUACCAUCCGCUACCGUUCUGCUCAUACCGGUUUGGGUUUUGCGAGCGAGCUGAAGUCGCAAAGAAUGAAGAAAAACUGAUUAAAAAAAAACGAAACCAUUUUGUAUGGUUUCGUUCUCGUUUCCCCGCUUGUGUCCUUUUUUGCUGUACGUUUCACCCUCUUUCACAACUCUUUUUCACGCUCUCCUUGCUCUGGUUAUGUUUCUACUGCUGCUGCUGCUACUGUUCAAGAGCUCGUCCUUUGCAGGGUGAAGAAUAGAACCACGACACGACGCGGAUCCUUACCGUUUUAAUUUCCGAAACGAAACACACUAAAUAACAGUGCCAAUUGACUGAACAAAAAUCCGAAGGUGUGGAUGAGAUGAAGGAGAUAGAGAGAGAGAGAGAGAGAGAGAGAGAGAGAGAGAGAGAGAGAGAAGGCGAGAAGAGGAAAAGGAGAAACGAACAAGCAGUUGCGUUAGGGAAACCUCUUCAUUAUCGAAAGAGAAUAAUUGCAACAGCUACUACAAAAAAGAUGAAAACACAGGAAAAUAGGAAAAAAGUAAACAGGCACUAAAGUUAGGGCGAAUUUAAUUAGGUGCGGCAACAAUUCGCGGCAACAUAGGAAGAGAGAGAGAGAGAGAGGGAAAAAGCUCGCGAGCUUUUCUGUUUUGUUUAUUGUGUCGUGUCGAAUAGGUAUGAACGAAGGCGACGUUUCCGAGGUCGAAAAUGUGAUGUAAUAUUGAUGUUGACGCUAAGGAGAAAGCGUAAGUGGACGGAUGUUGUUGUAGUAGCGUUUUGUUUGUUUAUCGAUCGCAAUAGUCUGACGAUCAUUCGAGAAGGAAACACGAUUGAAUGCUAAAUAUAGUUUAUUAUAAAAAAAAAACGAUCGUAAACCCAUCUGAAGGAUGAGCGUGGGACGAAUACAAUGGAUGGAUUGAACGAACAGUAGCCUGGUGGAUCGUUUAGAUAGAGCUGUACGAUAAGUGACUUAAUUGUAAUCGAACCGUGUUUAAACGCUUUAUCUCUUCUAUGUUUUACAGCACACUCCAACACUCGUUAUAUUACGCAGCGCCUUACCCACCACAAGUGGGGAGUGCGUUUGUUGCAUCCAAUCGAUUUUGUGUUUAGUAUAAAGUGAUUGUAAUUUUCUUGCCCUUUUUCUUUAUUUUUGCUAAACAUCGAUUGUAUCAUCAUCAUCAGUCACGUGCCUUUGAUCCAUUUACUGUACACACUUACACACUCUCAUUACAUCCCUUGAGAAAACAGGUGGAUAUGAUUUGUAGAUACGUUUUGGGAUAGUUUUUAAUUUUUUUCUAUUUUAAGAACCUUAUUUAACACCCAACAAGUUUAUUAAAGCAUCGAAUAGUUUCACCUACAUUCACGUCAACACGUGAUGCGUCUUAAUUUCAUUUAGUAAGCUUCCAGACAAGCAUCGGCGUGCGCGUGCGUGCGUGCGUGUGUAGCCAGCGUUAGAGUAAGUGUAGCGCCGUAUCAUCAAUAAAGCGCCGUAUGCAGCGGGCGAUAAUUGAAUAUAAA